GAGACAGAAGUGCCCAGUCCCAAAACCAUCAACGCCAUGAAUCUUCUAACGGGGCUCUGCUUCCUCGGCCUCUUCAUUUCUCUCUCACCUUCCAUGGUGUCCCCGGCCAUACUAUUUCAGGGGUUCAAUUGGGAAUCAAGCAGUAAAGUUGGAUGGUACAACAUACUGAAGGGCUCUGUUCCUGAUCUCGCUAAUGCCGGAAUCACUCAUGUCUGGCUUCCUCCCGCUUCUCAAUCUGCUGAUGAGCACGGAUACUUGCCUGGAAGGCUAUAUGAUCUGGAUGCCUCAAAAUAUGGUUCAAAGGAGGAAUUGAAGUCACUGAUUGCCGCUCUCCAUGAGAAGGGAAUUAAAGCUGUUGCUGACAUAGUGAUAAACCACAGAACUGCUGAGAAGAAAGAUGGGAGAGGAAUUUGGAGCAUCUUUGAAGGUGGAACUUCGGAUGGAAAACUCGACUGGGGGCCCUCCUUCAUUUGCAGGGAUGACACUACCUACUCUGAUGGCACUGGGAAUCUUGACAGUGGAGAGGCCUAUGAACCUGCGCCUGACAUUGAUCAUCUUAAUCCACAAGUACAGAAAGAGUUGUCUGAAUGGAUGAAUUGGCUAAAGACUGAGAUUGGAUUUGAUGGGUGGCGAUUUGAUUUUGUGAAGGGGUACGCCCCAAGUAUUACAAAAAUUUAUAUGGAACAAACUAAGCCAGAUUUUGCUGUUGGGGAGAAAUGGGAUACUCUUAAUUUGACAGAUGUUAAUGGACACCGUGGUGCUCUAGCUGAUUGGGUACAGGCUGCUGGUGGUGCUGUCAAUGCAUUUGAUUUCACAACCAAAGGGAUUCUUCAAGCAGCUGUGGACGGGGAGCUCGGGCUAUUAAAAGACUCUAAUGGAAAGCCACCAGGGUUGAUUGGAAUUAAGCCAGAAAAUGCAGUGACAUUUAUUGACAAUCAUGACACUGGGUCUACUCAAAAGCUUUGGCCAUUCCCCUCCGAUAAAGUCAUUCAGGGAUAUGCUUACAUUCUCACCCAUCCUGGGACCCCAGACAUAUUCUACGAUCACUUCAUUGAAUGGGGUCUAAAGGAGGAGAUAAGCAAUUUGACAGCAAUUAGGAGCCGGAAUGGGAUCAAUUGCAGGAGCACAGUGAAUAUUAUAGCGGCUGAUGCUGACUUAUAUGUAGCUAAGAUUGACGACGCGAUCUUUAUGAAGAUUGGGCCAAGGUUUGAAGUUGGAAACCUUGUUCCCUCAAACUUCCACGUUGCCACCUCUGGCCAAGACUACGCUGUGUGGGAGAAACCGGACGUGUCAACGGUCAAAUCUCGCGCCAAAGGGCAGAGUAUGAGCUUGUCCCGUACCGUGGGUCUCUCUCCAAGCCCUUCUCUUUCUUUCUUCCACACCGUGUUUAAAUCUUACAUUGAAAGCAAAAACUCUGGCCGGGCUUUGGUCCUCUUUCGCCAAUUGUUGCAAUCCAAUGUGAGACCCAAUGACCUCACUUUCUCUUUACUCCUUAUGGCCUGUGGAUCGUCUUCGUCUUCCUCUGCUUUGAAUUCAAUGAAGGAAAGACUAGAAGCAAAUCAGAUUCAGACCCAUUUGGUGAAAUCUGGCGGGGACCAAUUUGUGUAUUUAAGUACCGCCCUUCUUAAUUUAUAUAUGAAAUUGGGAUGUAUAAAACAUGCACAGCUGAUGUUUGAUGAUAUGCGUGAUCGAGAUGUUGUCUCUUGGAAUGCAUUGAUUUGUGGGUAUUCGCGAAAUGGGUAUGAUUUUGGUGCGUUAGAACUCUUUGUUCAAAUGCUUAGAGAGGGCUUUAUCCCUAGUCACACGACUAUGGUUAGUUUAGUUCCAUCUUGCGGUCGGCAUGAGCUAGCAUUUCAAGGGAAAUCUAUUCAUGGUUUUGGAGUUAAGGCUGGCCUUGAUUUGGAUUCUCAAGCUAAGAAUGCGCUUACCUCUAUGUAUGCUAAAUGUGUGGAUUUGGAAGCAGCGGAACUUUUGUUUGGGGAAAUGGUCGAGAGAAGUGUGGUUUCUUGGAAUACCAUGAUUGGUGCCUAUGGCCAGAAUGGUUAUUUUGAUGAGGCAAUGCUUGUUUUCAAUAGAAUGCGGGAGGAAGGUGUGGAAGCCAAUUCAGUAACCAUUAUGAGCCUUCUGUCAGCCAAUGCUCAUCCUGAAUCUAUCCAUUCUUAUGCACUGAAAACUGGUGUGGUCAAUGAUCCUUCUAUGAUCACUGCACUAGUUUGUGUUUAUGCAAGGUAUGUGAACACAGAAUUAGCAAAACUGCUUUACGAGUCAUUUCCCCAGAACAACUUGGUUUCCCUUACUGCAAUUAUUUCUAGCUAUGCUGAGAAGGGAAAUAUGGGUAUGGUGGUGGAGUGUUUUUCUCAAAUGCAGCAUUUAAACCUGAAGUUGGAUGCAGUUGCUAUGGUUAGCAUCCUCCAUGGGAUCAAACAUCCUGCUCACUUUGGCUCUGGACUUGCAUUCCAUGGUUAUGGACUAAAGAGUGGGUUGAGUGUCGAUUGUUUGGUUGCAAAUGGCCUGAUAAGCAUGUACUCCAACUUUGACGAGAUAGAAGCUGCUUUUUCUUUGUUUUUUGAGAUGCAUGAAAAACCAUUGAUCAGCUGGAAUUCUGUGAUAUCUGGCUGUGUACAGGCUGGAAGGUCAAGUGAUGCCAUGGAACUGUUCUGUCAAAUGAAGAUGUUUGGUCACAGUCCAGAUGCCAUUACCAUUGCUAGUUUACUUUCUGGGUGCUGCCAACUUGGGUACCUGCAAUUUGGGAAUAAACUUCAUAAUUAUGUCCUAAGAAACAAUCUAGAAGUGGAAGAUUUUGUUGGAACUGCUCUUAUAGAUAUGUACACCAAAUGCGGAAGAAUAGAGUGUGCUGAAAGGGUGUUUAAGAGCAUCAAAGAGCCAUGUUUGGCAACAUGGAAUGCAAUAAUCUCAGGCUAUAGUUUGUAUGGGCUUGAGCAUAAAGCUCUUGGUUGUUUUUCUCAAAUGCGAGUACAAGGGCUAAAACCUGAUAAAAUCACUUUCUUGGGUGUUUUGGCUGCUUGUACCCAUGGAGGUCUUGUUCAAGAAGGACGAAGGUACUUCCAAAUUAUGAGGGAAGAGUUUGGUAUGGUGCCAGGUUUGCAACACUUUGCAUGCAUGGUUGGUCUCUUUGGUCGUGCAGGCUUGUUUGAAGAAGCAAUGGAUUUUAUCAAGAAUAUGGAGAUUGAGCCAGAUUCUGCCGUGUGGGGAGCUUUGCUCAGCGCUUGUUGCAUCCAUCAAGAGGUCAGGCUUGGGGAAUCUCUGGCCAAGAAGUUAUUUUUCUUGGAUUGCAACAAUGGUGGGUUUUAUGUGUUAAUGUCCAAUCUUUAUGCUGUAAAAGGGAGGUGGGAUGAUGUAGCAAGGUUGAGGGAGAUGAUGAGAGACACUGGAGGGGAUGGCUGUUCAGGAGUUAGCAUUAUUGAGGUGACCUCAAUUGAAGACAUGAAAAGAAAUUUGUGUAUGAGUAAAGUGAAUUCGAAUACAAAAUUUUGGCAGCCUCAGUCUUUAUAGUGAUUUUCAAAUGCAGAUAUCCCGUACCAUAUAUUUCUGGUAAAACACUCUUACAUGCCUUUAGGAUUUGAUACAGUUCUGUUGACACUUGACACCCUCUG